UCAAGUUUACGUCAAAACAAACAUUAUGUCCUCUCGAAUCGGUUGAUUAUUUUUAGAUUAUUUUUAGCCCCGGUUCAUAUUUUUUUCUAAUUAUUAAUUUCUUGUAUUUUUACUUUACAUAUGUGUAAAUAAUAUAAACGAUGUUAGCUAAACGGAUUUUGGGGGCGAGGCGGUAUAAUCCACAUAAAUGUAUAGGUAUAGUGUCAAGGAAGUUUUCGAGCCGCUUAGAUGCUCUCGACUAUGAAGAACGGCUAGAGGGUUGUUUGUCAGCGUUGCCUGCAAAGGCUAAAGUAGUGAUAUGUGGCGGCGGGAUGAUGGGGGCCGCGGUGGCGUACCACCUAGCGCGCCGCGGCUGGGGCGACAAGACCAUUGUCAUCGAAAAAGAGAAGGUCGGCACCGGCAGCAGAUGGCACGCUUCAGGUCUUGUCGGUGCUUUUAAACCAACGCUAGCGCAAGUCCGACUGACUCAGUCCUCCAUCAGGCUUCUUCAAGAUCUAGAGGCUAAGGGCAGGCCAACGGGGUGGAAGCAAUGUGGAUCCUUACUCCUGGCGAGGACCAGGGACCGAAUGACUGUCUACCGGAGAAUGAAGAGCCAAUCUGUUUCGUGGGGAAUACCGUGCGAGUUGGUCACACCAAAGAAAUGUCAGGAGCUGUGGCCACUUCUCAACGUGGAGGACGUGUUGGGUGGGCUCUGGAUACCUGGGGAUGGAGUCGGCGACCCUCACCUGCUCUGCAUGGCCCUCAUGCGGGAAUGUAUUGAAAACGGCGUCGGCGUGAUGGAAGACUGCUCUGUGACCGCUGUGCUUUCGAAGAACGAUCGAGUGUGCGGAGUGGAGACAAAUCAUGGCGCGAUCGAGUGCGAAUAUUUCGUCAACUGCGCUGGCUUCUGGGCAAGGCAGGUUGGUCAACUCGCUCGUCCUCAAGUUAAAGUACCGCUGCUACCCUGCGAACACUACUACCUUCACACUAAACCCAUCGAAAACCUAGACCCCAUGACUCCUGUUAUCCGUGAUCCUGAUGGCUACAUCUACCUCCGUGAGAGGGACGGCUGCAUCCUCGCUGGAGGCUUCGAACCCAUUGCAAAACCUGUUUAUGAAGAAGAAAUAACAUCGAUGUCCCAGCGCUGUGUGCCUGAAGACUGGGACCACUUCCACGUACUACUGCAGCAGCUUCUCAAGCGUGUACCAAGUCUCAGCCAAGCUGUGCUGCACAAACUAUGCAAUGGACUUGAAGCCUUCUCUCCAGAUUGCAAGUGGAUCGUCGGCGAAGCACCAGAGAUGUUUAACUACCACGUGGCGGCCGGUAUGAAGACCGUGGGCAUAUCGGCGGCCGGUGGCGUGGCUGAGGCCACGGCCGACGAGAUCGUGGACGGGUACACCAAGUACGACAUGUACGAGCUUGGCCUCAACCGGUUCCUAGGCCUGCACAACAACAAGAGGUUUCUUCGAGACCGCGUCAAGGAAGUACCUGGUGUUCACUACGGCCUCCCGUACCCGUUCCACGAGUUCGAGACCGGGCGCAACCUGAGGCUGUCCCCGAUCUACCCGACGCUGCGCGACAACGGCGCAGUGUUCGGGCAGGUCAUGGGGUACGAGAGACCCACGUGGUUCGAGGCCGUCGAUCCCAAAGACCCGCCGGACAAGCCCCGUCCGUUCAAAGUGGCGUACACGAAGACGUUCAACAAGCCGCAUUGGUUCGACACAGUACAGCGCGAGUACUGGGCCUGUCGCGAACGAGUGGGGCUCGCCGACUACUCCUCAUUCACCAAAAUCGAUAUACAGUCCCAGGGUCGCGAGGUGGUGGACAUGCUGCAGUACCUGUGCUCCAACGACGUGGACGUGCCGGUCGGCAGCAUCAUACACACCGGCAUGCAGAACGAACGAGGCGGCUACGAGAAUGAUUGCAGCCUUGCUAGGAUAUCUGAGAACCUAUACAUGAUGAUAGCGCCGACCAUACAACAGACACGUUGCAAAGCUUGGAUGAAGCGCCACCUCCCAGCCAAUGGGUCAGUUACCCUCUCCGACGUCACAUCCAUGUACACAGCCAUUUGUAUCAUGGGGCCGUUCACAAGGAACCUGCUUUCUGAACUGACUGAUACGGACCUUACGCCUUCAAACUUUCCGUUCUUCACCUUCAAAGAAAUUGAUGUUGGCCUGGCGAAUGGAAUCCGGGCUAUGAACCUGACACACACCGGCGAGCUGGGAUAUGUCCUGUACAUUCCUAAUGAGUUCGCUCUCCACGUGUACAAUCGUCUGAUGACUGUCGGUGAGAAGUACGCGAUCUCUCACGUCGGGUACUACGCGAGCCGUGCGCUGCGCGUCGAGAAAUUCUUCGCGUUCUGGGGCCAAGAUCUGGACACAAUGACCACGCCCCUUGAGUGCGGACGUACGUGGCGCGUUAAAUUUGACAAGGACAUCAAGUUUAUAGGCAGGGAUGCGCUGCUGCGUCAGCGGGAGGAAGGCAUCCGUCGUCAGUACGUGCAGCUACUGCUGACAGACCACGACCACGAGCUGGACAUGUGGUCCUGGGGGGGCGAGCCCAUCUACAGGGACGGCAACUACUGCGGCCAAACCACCACCACUAGCUACGGAUUCACGUUCAAAAAACAGGUUUGCCUCGGUUUCGUGGAGAAUUUGGACAAGGAUGGUGUUCCUCAAGUUAUCAACAACGACUAUGUGCUGAGCGGACAUUACGAGAUUGAUAUUGGGGGUAUAAGAUAUGCGGCUAAAGUGAACCUGCAUUCUCCCAACCUGCCUACAAAGUAUCCGGACAAGGAGAGAGACGUCUACCAAGCUACCAGGAAACUGCACGAGACCCAGCAGUCCUUGGGGAGACACUACCAACCCUAGACACCAACACCAUCAUAUUACCCAUGUAUUACUAAUGGCGCGGCGUAACUAGGGCCAUCAGGAAUCAAAUUAUGGGUGCUUUUCCUCCUAAGAUGUACUAUGCUACGUUGCUGUUUGUGCGUCUGGCUUCCACUAAUCAUAUUCAUUGGUACAUAUAGCUUAGCACUGGUGGAAACGGCUUCACCCAAGGUAUGUUUUGUUACAUAGAGAGAUGGUCGCAAGUAGUGCAGUUACUUUGUGGCAGUUACAUAGUACAUUUCUGGCGGAAAAGCACCCUUGAUCUAACAAUUUCAUGUAAUACACAAAAAAUAAACUAAUUUUUGUAAAGUAGUCAAAACGACAGCGAAACUGUUAAUUUAUAACCAAGUCAACUGUUCAACAACGGUUUUAAAUAAUGUACAGCUAUGUUUUAUACUUGUAAGCAUACUAAACUUAGUCUAUUACUAUCUGGAAAUUUAUAAAAUAUACGUUUUCUUUAGUUAUAUGAGAAGAUUACGUUACCGCGUGUUUGCCUAACUUUUUAAAAUAUCAAAAUAUUAUAUAACACUACCCAUCACAACGCAACACAACAAUAUAGCGCACAAACUCUAAAACAAAAUUGUCGCUAAUUUAUUUUAAAAACAAAUGUUUCUUUAAAUAAAAUAUUUUUUUCGCUAUUCAUGUAAAUCAAAGAAAGCUAAAUAUUAUUGCUAUCAAAAUAUUUAAACAUUCAGUAUUCAGUCCCUAAAACGGCAUGUUUCAAUAAUGACGGAGUAUAAAAAUUAAAAAUCUAUUUAAUUUAAGUCUAAUAUAAUUAAAAAAAACUACACCUCGGACAUUAAAAUAAAAAAUAGUAAUGUACCCUAUUGUAAAGACAUUAUUUAUUUAAUCAAGUGAUAUUGAAAUUAUGCUUUAAAUACGUAUUAAUGAUAUUGUAAUGGACACAAAACUUGUUUAAUACUCUUUCGGAAAUCGAUUUCAAACGUAAUUUCUUGAUAAUACGCAACUAUUUGUUUUCAUUGAUUUGUGCGCCAAUGUCAAAGGUAUAUCGUACAUCACAACGAAUAGGUACCGAACAUCACAUUUCAACUAUCAUUAAACACAAGAUACGUAUAUGUAACGUAGAUGUAACAUACCAUUAUUAGGGUGUUUUUCCACGAGAUAUAUGCUAUGCUACAUGGCUGUUGAUGCGUUUGUCGUCCACCAAUCAUAUUCACUGGCACACAUAGGUUAGCGCUGGCGGAAACGGACUCAGCUAUGGUUUUUAUAUGAAAAGAUGCGUGCUAUGGAUGGCUUCAUUACUAUCGAUACAUCGCAUACCCGAGCUGCGCAUCUUGCUCGCACAGUUACUUUGCUGGGAUGUAUCUUUAUAGCACAUUGUACUCGCACAGCUAUGUAGCUGGGCGAAUAAAAUGACAAGACAUGUAUCAAAAGAUAAGCUAUAUAGCUUAGUAACGGUGAACAAAGUCACAUAGUUUCACAGCUUAGCAAUUACAUUUUCAUGGCAUAGCUACAUAGCAUAUCUCUGGUAUAAAUGCACCUUUAUUGUUAAGACUCAUUUGUUUAAGACAAAUCAUAUUAUUAUUAGAAAUACAUUUAAUAAUCUGUAAUCUGUAAUUGCCAAACAUGCACUAGAUUAUAAGCAAUUUAUUAUUAUAAUAUCUUUGAGAUAGAGCACAGUUUUGCUCAUCUCGCUAAUUAAUAUAAAAAACGUUUGUUAGAGUAAUUGGUAAAGAUAUUCGCAUCACAAUUUUUCUUCAAACACGUUUUUCAACUGACCGCACCUGUUCAACUACAACGUAUAGUACUAAGAAUCAGUCUGUAAUACGUAUUUAUUAUUUAUUAUAGUGUAGAAUUAGCUCAAGAUAAUAAUGUUAAACGUGUUACAGGGGAAAUGGUGUAAUGUUUCACAAAUAACAGCUCCGUGUCUCGUGUGUUUAGGAAUGGUUUUUGUAAUCGAAUAGUAGUAAUGAGUGGUUAAUCGUUUCUUGUCAGUAACACGUUUACACUAGUAUUUAUCCAGGAGUUAGUUAAGAGCGUUAUAAACUUCCAUCAGCCUGCCGCAGGCCACUGCUGGUUUAAGGCUUCGCCAAACUAGAAGUUAAUUGAAAUAAAUAUCUACGUCGACAGUUCACAAGUCUCGCAACUAAGUUUAGGAUAAUUCAUUAUGCUCCAUAGUGCCUAGUUAUACAUUUAUAGGCACGACCCAAAUGGCUAAUUAUUUAGACAUGUAAUUAUUGAUAAACCAUUAGGCAAAUAAGUUUAUGGUAGAAUCGAACACUGAGUCCGACUAAUUGGCUCAUUGAGAAGCAAACAUACACUUCUACCUCGAAACGGAAUAGAGGACAGAGAUAGUAUUAUUUUUUCUUUGCGAGAUUCAUUCAAUUAGUUACUUUAAAUUGGGCAGUGCACAGUAUUAGUAAUUUCGGAUUAGAAGACUGAGCGAGCGGAAUAUCGAUACAAUGACGACGCCCGCGGUGGUAAUCAACCAUGAUAGAAGCAUUGGCAACUAUGUACGUGGGAAAAGUUUGGCUUUAAUAUUGUUAGCAAAAUGUGUUCAAAAACUCAACUUAUGGCCAUUUUGAUAUCUCGAGUUGUGAUAUGUGUAACAAAAAUGUAAAUUCGUAUUACGAGAUUAUAAUUUUAGAAGCAUUAUGCUUAAAAAUACUAUUUUGUAUAAAUCAUGUUUGGAAAUUCCCUUUGAUAUUACUAUUAAAUAUUAUAUUGAAUAAUUUGUUAUAUUUAAUUAUACCUAUAUUUGUUACCGUUUGAUUUCUUACACAAAAUUGUACAUAUUUGUAGAAGUUUAAUUUUUAUUGUUUGUUUCAUAUCUAUAAGAUAUUUGUAUUUUUGGAAAUUUGGCUGGAAAUGUAAAUAAUGUUUGCCAAUGCUGUAGGUACAUAUGGAUACCAAUUAUAGAGCUUCUAUAAGAAAAUUUAACUUAUUAUAUAAAUGUAAAGUGCUGCCUUACUAAAACACUUAUGACCUGUUUUCACCGCCGUCCUCUAUACCUCUAUACAGCUUAUCGCUAUAUUUUUCUGGACAUUCUAUUUGUCGAUGAAACAAAAACCAUCUCCUAACUGUUCCCGAGCAAUGUUAAGGGGAUCCCCUAAAUAUAGAGGACGUUGAUGAAAACGGGUAUUAGGAGCCUCUUAUGGGGAAUGGAUACAAUAUUUGUUUUUAUUAUUUCAACUUGCAACUUUUGGACAACCCUUUUGCUUAAACAGCUGCCGGCCGAACAAACCAUAACUAAAAUGUGCGAAGUAUUUUGUUUAUAAUUUGCUCUGUAGUCAGGAUAUAGAAACAAUAUUAAAUUGUAUUUCUGUUGUUAACGGGAGAAAUAGGUCACGUUCUGUUGGGUAGAUAUGGAUUAUGGACUAUGGAGUGGCAAUAGACCGCCGUAGAUUAUGUCUAACAUAAGUUAUGUUACUAUAGGGACAGGUUAACUAGAAUAGGUCUUACCAGAUAAGUGAAUAUUUUGUUUAAACUUUCAGUUUUUCUCCAAAAUUCAAAUAGUCUGUUACGCACAGAUCACAUUUCGGUUGUUCAUAAAAGGGAAAUAGUACCUCGCUAUAGCUUAUACAAGAAGCCAUGUGCUACAAUAGAGUAAUUAAUUUGUAGUCACAUACAUAGAUAUAAUUAAAUCAGGAUUGUGUAUAGUUUCUGUGGUACUUACAGAUUUCUUAAUUUUGCACCUUCAGCUAAAAUACAGUCGUAUGACCUUGUAUUGUCAUAUUAUACCUUUAUAUUCAAUUCAAAGAAAUUGUGUUGCAUUGUGUUUUGAGAAUCUGUAAGUCCUACAAGUAAUUGGUGUAUUUAGAUUCAAAUAGAUAACUGGCGUAGUAUAAUCGGUGUUUUGUCAAUCAAUGUCCAUAUUGUAAUUGUGUUUGCACGAACUAAUUCUACAUAGGAAAGGAAAAUGGUUAAGCAAUGUUUUACACUGGAAAUGCUUGUUUGCCUGUAAAAUAUUACUAAACAUACUCAGGCUUACAGAUAUAGUUUAAGGGAGCACUGUUUGAAUUUUUCUCCAAACUUUAUUAUACCAAAGUCUACAUGUAUCUUUUUUCUGUGGGUUAUUUAUUAUUAUUGUAGUGUUACCGUAAUCAAAUCACAAUUGUAAUAGUAGUGUUGGAUUUCUUGCCAUAGCUGUGUAUUUUGAGCGAUUUUAGUAGUUAGUUUAUGGAAAUAUGAAAUAAAAAUCAAGAUAAUUGAA